CCAAUCCGGCGUUACCUGUAAGCAAACGCGCCGCCCUCUCAUUGGCCGCCCUCCUUUUCCUCCAUUUUUAUUUUUACUCGAAUCCUCCUCCUCCUCUUAAUAUCCAUUCCUUCGUCUCCCCCCUUCUGCUUCCAGGCUCCCCGACAACCAGAAGAAGUUCAUCAGUAAAAUUGUGGAGCAGAUUGUUGGAGAAGGAAGAAGAAAGAGCAGAGAGAACCGGCUCGGAUGAAAAGUUGCAGUGUUUGGUCGAUGGCUCCAGCAAGGUGGUUUCUUUGAGGAGGAGAAGGGAGAAGGCGAUGGGGAAGGAAGGGGAGCAGACGAGAGGAGAGGUGAGGAGGUUGCUGUUCGGCAAGUACGAGAUUGGGAGGGUCUUGGGGAAAGGGACGUUCGCCAGGGUGUACUACGGCCGCGAGCUCAGCUCCGGCGAGAGCGUGGCUGUCAAGGUGAUCGACAAAGAGCAGGCCCGGCGGGAGGCCGGAAUGAUGGAGCAGAUCCGGCGGGAGAUCAAGGUGAUGCGCCUCGUCCGCCACCCCAACGUGGUGGACCUCCGGGAGGUGAUGGCCACCAAGACCCGCAUCUUCUUCGUGAUGGAGUACGUCCGCGGUGGCGAACUCUUCGCCCGCAUCGCCCGCGGCCGGCUGCCAGAGGACCAAGCCCGCCGCUACUUCCACCAGUUGAUCUCAGCUGUCGACUUCUGCCACAGCCACGGAGUCUCCCACCGGGACCUCAAGCCCGAGAAUCUCCUCCUCGACGACCACGGCGACCUCAAAAUCUCCGACUUCGGCCUCUCGGCGCUGCCGGAGCAGCUCAGGCAUGAUGGUCUCCUCCACACGCAGUGUGGUACCCCGGCCUACGUCGCGCCGGAGGUCCUCCGCCGCCGAGGCUACGACGGCGCAAAGGCUGAUCUGUGGUCCUGCGGCGUCAUCCUCUUCGUCCUCCUCGCUGGAUUCCUCCCAUUCCAAGACGAGAGCCUGAUGCAGAUGUACCAGAAGGUGUUCAAAGCGGAGUACCGAAUUCCGCCUUGGUUCUCCGGCCAAGCCAGCCGCCUUGUCUCCCGCCUCCUCGUCGUCAAUCCUGAUAAGCGUAUCUUAAUCCCUGCCAUACUGCAGUUUCCCUGGUUCAAAAAGGGAUCUUUCCGCCCGUCGCCCUUACAAAUCUCUAAGCUACCACCACCGCCGCUGACGCAGUUGGAGGAGGAAGCAAAGGUAGCGACGCCGAGGUUUUACAACGCCUUCGAGCUAAUCUCCAGCAUGUCCUCUGGGUUCGACCUCUCGGGACUGUUCGAGAGCCAGCAGAGGGCGGCAACGGUGUUCACAUCGCGGUCGCCAGCGGCGACGAUCGUGGAGAGGCUGGAGACGGCGGGGCGGGAGCUCGGCCUCGCAGUGGUGCGAACCAAGUCGUUCAUGGUGAGGAUGGAAGGAACAGUGGGGGGAUGGAAGAGGCGGUUGGCGGUGGAGGCGGAGGUGUUCGAGUUUGCGGCAGAGGUGGCGGUGGUGGAGUUCACAAACGUCGCCAGCGACACAUUCGAGUACGCCAAGUUCAUCGAGGAGGAGAUUCGGUCGGGGCUAACGGACAUAAUCUGGCUAUGGCAGGGCGACGACAAAGCUGACGCCGGCGGCGGAGGUAAGCCGUUUAAAAAUCCGCAGAGUUGACUUUCCAUUGACUUUUCUGAGUCAAUGGUUGAUUAAUGGGACUAAAAUAGUACUUGUAAAAACUAAAAAGCAAUUGAAGAUUUAAAAUAUGUAUUUUUGGUAUUUCCUUUAUGAUCUGAUAUAUGAGUUUACAAAAGAAUAUAUAUGUAAGUCAAAUAAAUUCCCUUUGUAAAAUUUUCAUAAAUAUUAUAUUAUUUGAGAAUGAUUCAUCAUUAUAACCCCUCAAAC